AUGGCGCAAUUCACUAUGGGGAGUUUCAUCCGCUGGUCGAGCAGCAUGCGCCAGUCGGUGACCUCCCAAACUCGUAGUUAUGCAUCAAAAUCAGCAAUUCCGACCUUCGCCCCAACAUCCUCUCCCGAACUGGAUCAGCUCCUCAAUCGAUUCCGUCAAGACCGUUUCAUUCCAUCUGGUCUGCCCAACCAGCAACGCCGAAACACGUUCAAGGAGAAGCACAAGCAGCGACUAGAGGAGGAGCCGAUCACCGUGGCAAUCAGUGAGACGGAAGAUUUCACACUGCGACCUAUGACGAUCAACGAACUGCCGACGAAAAGCGACGCCUACGAGGUCCUGCGGCUGAUUGCGGUUAACAAUGAAUGGAAAGCCCUCGUCCCCUUCCUGAGUGGCCUCUACAUGUCCAACUUGAGGCUUAGCAACAACCGGCUGGAACAGCUCGUUCGCAAGGCUAGCGACGCAGGCAAACUUCCGAUCAUCAUGGAAUGUAUUCGCCAAAGUCAUCGCACUGGCUUCUAUCUCCGCGACCUGGGAGUGGUGAAGCGCCUAUUUUUCGAUAUCCAUGUCCUCGCGCAAAAUGGGGACUUCAAGGGGGUCGCGGUGACGAAGGCACUCAAUAUGGCGAAGCAGGCGGUUGAUUUGAUGAACCAGUACGCUGCGACGCACUCGUCCAGUGUAAAGGCCGACAUUCCGCAGAACCAGCCUUUUGUUAUCGGUACCCUGCUUGAGCUCAGUGCUGCUCGAGCCAUCAGUGACUUUGGCGGAAAGGACCAAGCGAACGAAGUCCUGAGCUAUGCGCGCAAAUUGGUCGCAGCCUGGCCAAUCUUCCAGGAGCAAUCCAAGAAGGCCGUUGCAGAUGAUUUUCCAUCGGCUCGGGCUCGGGCCCAGGAGACUCUUGCAGUCUACAAUGGUUUACGACUCAGCCUUUCGAUUCAUGGACUGGCCCUGGACAAAGAGCUCCAUGCCUCUGUGACGCAAUGCCUGGCCGAGGCGAAGAGUGAGCUGGAGAAGGUAUCGGGCGCACUGGAGCGAUCUCCCAUUGAGGAAUUAGUGCUCUCCAUUCUCAAAGGAUAA